GGGGAUAGAUGAAAAUCUAAAUGGGUGCUUACAGUUCUUUACGGACCAAAAAUGGAACCUUCUUUGGGACCCAUCGUUAUCCACAUGGUGUGUGGAUUGUGGACGAUUCCAUUGGUGCCAAGCUGAGGAACUAGACACAAAUUCUCUUCAAUGGAGUGUACCUGCAGUUCUCUGCGGUCACCGGCUUUAACCACAGUGCCUUCCUCUUUAGUUAGAACUGCGUUCUUAGAGAAGUCAUUGUUGAAUGCUCAGCCUUUGAAAUUCUCGAAUAAGAAGACGUACCCACUUGCUGGAACGCUCAAAUUUCUUCACCCCAGAGCUCAAGCUUCUUCGAGCACAAGCAAUUUUAGCUCAGAGGCAGCUCCCACAAUUUCAAAGAAGGAAGAUUCAAAAAACGAGGAUCUUGUAUUUGUUGCUGGUGCUACAGGAAAAGUUGGUUCAAGAACAGUGAGGGAGCUUUUGAAACUUGGAUUCCGGGUAAGAGCCGGUGUAAGGAGUUCUCAGAAGGCAGAAACUCUUAUUGAGAGUGUUAAAAAGAUUAAUCUUGAUGAAGCUGUAGAAAAGCUUGAAACUGUGGUAUGUGACUUGGAGAAACCAAAUCAGAUUGGAGCUGCGAUAGGGAAUGCAUCAAUAGUUAUUUGCUGCAUUGGUGCAAGUGAGAAAGAGAUUUUUGACAUUACUGGACCUUAUCGAAUUGACUAUCUGGCUACCAAAAAUUUGGUUGAAGCAGCAACUGUUGUAAAAGUGAAGCACUUUAUUCUGCUUACGUCCCUGGGAACCAACCAAAUUGGAUUUCCUGCUGCCAUUCUUAAUUUGUUUUGGGGAGUCCUCUUGUGGAAAAGGAAGGCAGAAGAAGCAUUGAUUGCAAGUGGUCUUCCUUAUACAAUAGUGAGACCUGGAGGCAUGGAGAGACCUACAGAUGCUUUCAAGGAAACUCAUAAUACUACUCUUUCGCCAGAAGAUACCUUAUUUGGUGGUCUAGUGUCAAACCUUCAGGUUGCAGAGCUAAUGGCAUGCAUUGCAAAAAAUCCUGAUCUUUCAUACUAUAAAGUGCUAGAAGUAAUUGCUGAGACAACUGCACCAUUGAUUUCCCUGGAGGAUCUUCUUAGAAAAAUACCAUCUAAAGUUGCAAAUGGUUUCCCAGAGAAGGAAUAUGGUGCUGCACAAACUGUCGAUUCAUCUCCAAAACAGUCGAGUAUUGCCAAAGAAAAGGAGUCAGCCGAAGAAAAUGUGACAGAACAGCCACCAUCUCAAAGUGUUUCAUCAGAACAGUUGAACAUCAGAAAGGAAAAGGAAUUAGCAGUAGCAAAUGCUACAAAACAGUCAUCAUCACCCUACAUUGCGUAUGAGGAUUUAAAACCUCCAACAUCUCCUACUCCAGCUGCACCUGUUGGGAAAAUAGAUUUAAAUGUUGUCCAAGGAGUCUCAUCUAGUGCUCAAACUAGUUCAGUAGAGGCGUCUUCUGAGAUUGCUGAGGCAAAUCCCCCACCUGCACCUGCUCCUGAAAAAGCAGCGACAUUGAAACCUCUCUCCCCUUAUAUAGCAUAUGAAGAUUUAAAGCCUCCUACAUCACCAUCUCCUAGUGUACCUUCCCUAUCAUUUUCUUCAGCAUCUACCUCAAACGGUCCACCUCAACCUGCUACCUAUGCCAUAAACAGCCCAUCGGCGAUUCCAGAGGCAGAAGACUCAAAGAGUGAAGCACAUCUUCCCAAGCCGAAGAAACAACAACCGCUGUCACCUUUUACCAUGUAUGAGGAUUUGAAGCCUCCGGCCUCUCCAACGCCAUCUCUUUGAAAAUCUUAAAGAAAGAGCUUUCAGUUUUCUGCUAGUUACAAUUUGGACAGAGACAAACAAUUGAUGAGGGGUGAUACCGCCAGAGUAUAUACAUCUUUAUAUGUAAUAAUACCAACCUUUUGUGUCUGAAGAACAUUUAUUAAUUUUUCCCGUCCAGAUUCCAUAGACGACACUGUUGAAUGUGCUUUUGCAACCUCCAAGUUGCUUAUUGUUUUGGCUGUAAUUUCUAUCAAAGUUACAAUUUUGUUGGCAUUAGCUUCA